GUGCAUCAGCGCCAGCAGACUCCCGACACAGCCAUCCAGCGCAGCCAGCCGGCAGCACUCGGCAGCAGUGAUAGUAAGAGCAGUGAUAAGCGCGUGAGCCAUACCGCUACAGCUGCGGCCGCAGCAUUGGACACGCAGUAUUUGGCUGAACGACAGGCAGACAGGCAGUGCGUACAGCUUCUGUCAGCACUGAGUGCGUUUGCAUGUGCGGGCGGCGGCGUGGCAGGGAUGCGAAGCGGCUCUGGCGCUGUUGGCGAGGAGGUGAGGCUCGGCGGGGGGGGGGCUGAAUGUGUGUGUGUGUGUGUCGGUGUCGGUGUGACGUGUGGCCUGGUCGCGUGUCUGCGCGUGUGUCAAUUUGACGUGUGGCCAGUGGAUGCGGCUCUGGGAGAUGCCGCGGCGCGUGUGCUUGGCGGUGACGGCGAUGCGUGGGUGCGUGCGCCUGGCAUCGCGGCAUGGGACGAGGGCGAGGCGUGCGGGAGGGCGGUCCCAUGCCGGAAUGCGCCGACGCCCCCUGAACUUCGGUGUGCGUAGGGCGGGGUGGGGAUGCAGCAGUCUCCACGGCGGCGCAGCCUGCACCGCGGCUGCCGCGCCAGCCAUGCCUGGGCGGGUGGCACACAUGCAGCCACCGGCAGAGGCAGGCCGGGGCGGGGGGCAGGAGGCAGGGGGCCGGCGGCCGGACGGGGCAGGCUGCAGGGUCCUGACGGCGGCGGGCAGCAGGCAGCGCUGGGCCGCACCGCGUCGCACCGCUAGCGGCCUGUGGCGCCAUUGCGUUGGGAUGCUUGCUGCUGCAUGGACGGAACUGGCGGCAUGGGUUCGGCGGCGGCAGCAGCAGUAGCAGUGCCAGCCGCCACGGCCUCAGCAGCAGUGUGCCGCUGCGGACGCGGCGGGGGUGCUGUGGGUGCCGCACACAACAGGGCCUGGGCUGCGCUGCAGCCCCUUCUGUGGAUGGGCCCGUGGUUGGAGCCCCCACCGGGACCUGUGGUUGCGCGCGCGCGCGUGUGUGUGUGAGUGUGUGAGGGAAGCAGCAGGCGCGGCAGCAGGGUUGAUGUGGCGCGGCACUAGCCUUUAAGCUGCGGCCGGCGGCAGCAACAGGCUACGGGGCUGCCUGACGGUUCAAGGCGUGCGGGCUGGGGCGGAGAAGGGCGCGCAUGGUGGACGCACUGGUGGCGCGCCUUAAUUGUGGCAUUGCGUGGCUAGCUCGUGGUGGGUCGCGUUGUGGCUUGCAUGGCCUUGGAUGCUGUGUGUGCGUGUGUCUCGGGGCGUGUAGGUGUGUAUGCGUGGCUGUCUGUUGCGGGGGACGGCGUGCCUGGCAAGUAUGUUCGGUUUGUGUUCGGCGAGUUUGCAGCGUGUGACCAGGCGGCACGGGGCUAUGGGUGUGGAGCUGGAGCACAGGUGCCGCGCGGUGGGCGCGGUGGCGACGUGCCGUGUGUGGACGCGUUAUGCUUUGUGAAGCGGCGUGCAGGAAAGGAGUACGGAUGCAGGCAGACGCCACCGUAGCUCGA